AUGGUCUCAAAUUCGAUUGGUGGUGGAUACGUGAUACCCGCAGUAUUGUCCAGUGAUACGGACUUACUGCGCAACAUAACAUAUGUGGAGCCUCCUUUGCCAUUCCGUCCGCGCGCCACCCCUCAAAACGACCAAUCAUUUUCUACCUCCGAGUCCAUGGUUUCCUCACCAGUGACUCAUCUUGUCAGCAGUGAUUUACACCUGCGGCAAAUUGAGCAGCUUAGCGAGUACAUCGCUACACGCAUGCAGGCAUUGAGUAGUUGGGUAGCCAAGGUGCCUAGCGCAGAACUGAAUCCUGACGACCCUCACAGCUCACCAUCGUCUCCGCCGUGUAAGGCUACGUUGAACCUCUUUCAGCUGGGUGUUUCUUUGGUGCGAGGUGCUCUCAUUACAUCAUACCGGACUGUCCAAGAGGAUAUUUUUUGCUCGCAUCAGCAAUUUGGCUCGUACUGUUAUGGUGACGAGUCCAUCGCUUCGCGAGUUCUUUGUCGUGUUGCUUUAGACACUGAACCAGAUCUUCUUUCAGGAGUUCUAGUUGCUUUUAUGGCUUACGGGGUUUUGUAUGCUCCGACAUGCACAGUCGCAGCCACUGCAGCUCCAGCGCUCUCCUCCGAUGCACUCGAGCCACCCAAGACUAGUAUUGAUCAGGCAUGCUGGGUUCUACACUAUGUUGUCAUCCAGCUUAGCAGAAUUAUGAAAGUGAGCACUGAAACGAUUACAUUUGAUACGGAUGAAGUCUCAGCGAGUGCAUGGAGGAUUUUUCUCCUCCGGAUGGGCAACCUUCAUUCCAUUCUUACCAUGAUAGACUUUUUUGCUAAGCAGGCUACUCUUGUCAGUUCAUUUCCUCCGGCCUUCAAUCUUUCCACUCCGCCAUACACUUUCGAGUGUUUUCACAAGUUAUUCCAUGGACGAAUGGCGGAUAGUCUUCGGGGGGUUAUUUCUCCUUCACACGUUCCUUCCACUGUUGCUACAGAGUCUGGGGGAGCUAACAACGGUGUGGAGCCAACAUGCGAAUUGGAGAGUAUAUGUACUCAUCUUUUCAAGCUUCUCAUUGAGUCACUCAGGCCAUGGGACCUGUCGUGGGCGCUUAUUAAUAGCAGCACAAACUUGAGAAGCCUAAAAAUCGCACUCGAGAGCUUUCCUGAGGAUCUAAUGGGUACGUUCCAGGUCAUACAAAAGUAUUUUACUGACUUUCCUGUGCUCAAGAGCAGAGUAUUGGAUCAUAGAAGGAUAUGCAGUGUUUUUUUUCAGGUGAGUCAGAUGGUAAAUUCCGGCUUUUUAGACCUUCCCCGUUUAUCGGAGGUGGACCAAAGAACGCGGCAGCUCUAUUACUUGCCUAAACUGCUUACAAGUCCUGCGCAAGGCCCGCAUGACAUCUCUGAAUCGGUUUCCACAACGGCUCCGUGGUUGAGUGAUCGAGGGAGGGGCGCACCGCCUGAGGCAAAAGCCUGGACCCCCCUCGUGGGCAAUUCCAAAUUGCCUGCCCCGGAAUUCAAUGCUCUCCCUGGCUUGAAGGAAAUCCGUCGCAACGACUUGGGUAUCCUCAGCGCCGAAGGGUCAACACGGUUUCAAUCUGUAAGCAAAGACCCACAGCUUUCUUCUUCUUCCCAUCUUGACAACGGACUUGGCGAACCCAUAUCCCCGCUGUUCUGGGAGGACUCUGUUCCGAUCUUGGAGCGCACGCUGAGUCCCUGCGCGGGUGGAAACGACCAUGCCUCCGUUGUGAGGAGGUGUGGUGGCGUCGACACCACACCUCAGGACUUUAUUGGCCUUGUGAACCUAGGCAACACGUGUUUCCUAAACAGCGUCACCCAACUCCUUUUCCGCUCUACCCAUUUCGAGCGGAGGCUCAUUCAGGACGUUUUGAAGUCUGUCAGAGACGUGCUCGAUUGCGGUUCCACUCCCGCGGCGGCGCCAACAGCGCCUGCGAGGCUGGAGUCGCGGCAGAUCACAAGGAUGAGUGCGAUGAGACAUCGCUACGUGAAGUGGUCCUUAGGGUUUCUACUCGCAGAAAUGCACUGGCGCCUCAGCCAAGGUUAUGGGGAUCUGAGCUUGAAUCCGAAGUAUUUUGUGGAUAGCCUCCCUGCACUUUUCACGGAUGGCCGCCAACACGACGCCUCGGAGUUUUCGAAGGUCUUACUGGAGCAGCUCGACGCCGAGGAGCGCGACGAGCAGCCCGGCGGCGUCGCCGCGGCGGCCCCCACGCUCGUCAGCGAGUGGUUUGGUGGGUCGUUAUCGACCGCGAUGGAGUGCCUUGAGUGUCGCCGCGUGCGUUUUAACACCGCCUCUUUCUGGGAUUGCAGUAUUCCCAUCUCCAACGGCGUUCGCGCGGCGCCGCUUUGCCCGUCCACGCCGGCGUCGUCGGCGUCAUCGUCGGGAAAGGGAGUUCGUGGCAGCGAGGCAGGCGGGGUGGAGUACCACGCCGAGAAGGGGGGGGUGCGCGCGAUUACCGUCUACGGCAGCGUCGCCCGCACGCUGGGGGAUUCGGAUCGAACCCCCCUCCCCGACGACGGCACCACGCACGACGCGGGAGCCACAGGCGUUUCCUUGCAGGCGCUGCUGGAUCGGGUGACGGAUCCGACGAUCAACGCGGAGGUGUUGGAUGGGCUCGAGUGCGAGCCCUGCGGGCGACGCACCAGGACGCGUCUCUCCACGCGCAUCCUGGAUUGCGCACCGGCGGCGACGCUGCGAUCCCGCGAGGGCGUCCCGCACUACCUCACGCUCCAGCUUAACCGCUUCACGUACGAGGCGGAGACCGGACGUUACGAGAAAAUCCUCGACCCUGUUAUUCUGAACGAGAUCCUCCUUCUGCUUUGUUUCGGCGCACCGGGCGACGAUCCCGCGGCGACGUCUUCCUUUAUGGGUCCUUGUGGUCAUAGCUUCACGCCCAGACGAGUUUUGUAUCGUCUGCGUGGCUUUAUCAUCCACAGCGGCUCCACGCCGCACAGUGGGCAUUAUUUCACGAUCGUGAAGCGACGCGCAGGGCGCGGCAUGACCUCUGAAGAUCGGGCGCAGGAGCGCGCUGGGAUGCUUGAAGGCGCCGCCACCGCGGUGCAUGAGACCUCCUCAUCGGGGAAUUCCACCGCACGUUCUACCCUCACCUAUCGUCAGGGAGCACAGGUGACCCCUUUUUACGCGAAGCAUUGGAUGAUGCUGAAUGACUCCUGUGUGCAACCUAUCAGUGAAGAUGUGAUGCACGGUGUGCUCUCGGGAAGCUCCGGCGUUUAUAGUUCCAUGGAGGUUCCCUACAUCGUCCUUUACGAGCGUGUGGAGGAAACGGAUCCGCUUGAGAGCGACGCCGAUGGCGAGGAGGAUGCAUUGGGGGGCGCUGAGGAAAACGCACCAACGAACAGGGUGGAAGUAGCUCUAGGGCAUUUCCAUGCCCAUCCCCAGCAGCAUCAACAUGUGGAGUUACUGAACGGAAAAGACCCACACAGGGAAGACCCCCAUGACAAACAAAUUUACUCUCGGGGCGCGAAUCCAUUACUCUCAAGAAUUUUGAAUGAUCUUCCGUUCCCUAUCAGAGAGCUUUUCAGACAGCAUGUGGAGCAGGACUUGUCUAGUUCAAAUACAAGCAACUUUCCGACAUCGUCUGCUGAAUACAUCCCCGUUCCCCUGGAGGGCCGGGUGAAUAGGGCAGCCAUGCAUUCCAUCAGCGAUGGGGAUGCGAAAAAGACGGUGAAGAGGCCACCGAAUCGGCCCGAUCCCCCGCGCGGGGAAGAACCUUUGUUGUCGGGGAGCGACAGCGAUGACGAGGAGGGGGGCGCGGGCGGUAAGGGAUUUAGCAUACGUAGGGGUGAUUUCCUCACGGAUAACUCCUUCAGCAGACCUUUUCUGUAG